GCUAAAAAUGAUUACUAAAAUGGCUGAUAAAGCUAUUUAUAAGGUGCUAAAAAAGAAUAAAGCACCUACUUGUCCUGCAGCUUCUGUAGUGCCCUUGUGAGUCCCACAUACAAGAUCCACUUCAUUAGACCACAAAGAAAUAGCCUCUGAGAGGAUAGUUUGGGAGCUUUGUCUGUGAGGGUCUGCAGCCAUGCUAGACUUUAAGUCUGCACAGUGGGAAGGGACUGUGGCUGUGGGAUAAGAGUAAACAAACAAACAAACCACGUUUCCAAGUUGGCAGGUAGCGUCUCUUUUGCAAUAAGUAUGGUUUGGGAAUACAAAGCUGCCAUGUCAUGCAUGUGUAUUGUUCUAUCUCAGAUGCUCAGACCUUUAUCCCUUGCUGCUAAAGUCUAUUGCUUUAUCAGACAAGCCGCAGUGAUCAUGUGACUGAACAACUGAACUUUUACCUUGGCAAAGGCUCGGAAUGCCUUUCCAUCCCGUAGCUGGGAACACAAGGCAUUCUAGAAUGGAACAGAACGACAGACAUGAUGAUGAUUUUGCUCCAAAUGUUUUUUCAAUCUCAUCUUAUCCAAGCAACCAAUCUGAUGCCCAUGUUUCAAGUGGGGACAAAGGUUGGGGCACCCUGCUGUUCUCUGGAAUCUUCCUGGCAUUAGUGGGGAUUGCUUUAACUGUGCUGGCAUGGGUGAACAAUAAGCAAACUGGUUUUGACUGGACUCGGUUAGUGGGACCCAUUCUGCUGAUUGCGGGUGCGAUGGCUGUACUGAUUUCUGUAGGGAAGUUUAUGAUGCUGACAUCAUGUAAGCCAUGCAAGAGCACGGAAGAGACGCCAUUAGAUACUGAGCAGCUUUCAGGAGGACAAUCUUUUGUUUUUACUGGAAUAAAUCAACCCAUAACUUUUCAUGGUGCUACUGUUGUACAGUAUAUUCCUCCCCCCUAUUCAACUCACGAUUUUACAGGAGGUGCAACACCCAUAUCUUCUAAUCCCAAUUCUAACCAUUCUGCAUGGGCUAAUGGGACUGCAUUAGGUCCCCCUCAGUAUUAUAACAUCUACCCAAUGGACAAUCCUGCUUUUGUACAAGAUGACCCAUCCCCAGCUCAACUAUCCAUGACUGAAGUAUAUGACAGUUUGCCUGAUGCUGCCUGGCUUUCUGAAGAUUUCCUGGGCACAAACAGAACAAAUGAACUGCCACCAUCAUAUGAUGAAAUCUUUCCGACAGUUAGAAGAGGUGGAACUGCAGAUUACAAACUGUCUUGACGACAGCUUCUCCCGGCCUAAAAACCUUUUGUGUAGCACUUGUAAUGGAUGAAUCAUGGAAUGGAAUCCUCUGCUGCUUAAACUGUCUAGAAGUUCAAGCCAAACAACUCAGGAAUUAGAGUUAUAAGGGUCAGAAUUCCCCUACUUUUUAAUCCAAUUGGUGGAGGUCCUAAUAUAAAGAGGCACAGAGGCUGACAUGGAGACCAGCGCAGCCUGCAGAGUGCAUGCCUACAACUGACCAUGAAGAUAUUGUUAUGUUGAAGACACAGAUUGGAUAGACCACCUGUGUAUAUGUGUAUAUGUGUAUAAGUUGCUGAUGUGUGUAUGUACAUCAUUUCCUGCUCAACCUAAUGUUGUUCUUUAAGGAGUUCACCUUGAAUAACUUGCAGACCACAUAUUGUUCCAUACUAUAUCACCAAUGGAAUAGAACGGCACCUACACAGGGAGGAAAGGGUGGUUUCCCUGCUUUAUCAUGCUGCCAAUGCCGUGAUAUACAAUAUUUCAGGGGUGAAGAGGCAGUUCAACCACCCCAAAAUGUUGGCGUGGGGCAGAGACAGAAAAUUCCUUAUCUAAUGAUGUGGAAAUUUAGUUGCCACAGCUUAUGUUUUAGAAAGACUGUAUUACCUCAUUGUUGGCAUGGGUGUAAUUGGCAUAUUCAGUAAAGCUUCUAGCAUAAAUAUAUUUGUGCGACCCCCUAGGUAUAUCAGAAAACAUAUGCCAGCAAUAACUGCAAAACACACAAUAUGAGCACAAACGUAUUUAUUUAAUGAGCAGAAAGCUUGAAUUCUUACAGAAACACAUCUGUUCCAUAAUGAUAUGUUUGCAUUCUGCGCUGAUGCUAUUUGGUUUUACCCAACCCAAAUUAUUGUUAUGCAAUUAGAUCCCCGCAUUUGUCUAUGGAACUCUCUAAACACAUUAAGGUUAAUUGGAAAAUGAACUCCAAAACAAUAUUAAGAAUCAUAAUAAAUGGUGUAUUUUGCGACGUAUAAUAUUUCUUCAGAAAAAUACACCGAAUGCAUCAAUGUCAAAAUGGUGUGCGUGUGAGCCAGAUGGCUCUGUUACGCAAGUGCAUUUUAUUUGGCUAAAUAGAAAUAUAAUUAGCUCGGCAUACAUGUAUUGGCAACUAGCGCGGCUACAAAUGGGAUCUACCUGCUUGGUUUAUUUACAUGCCUCUAAACACUAUAGUAUUUUGUGAAUAAAUAAAUGUAAAGCUAUGUAUGUACCAUUAGUUCAUAAUCAAGCUGAACAUGUGUGCCUUGUUUUCCUCUGUAACAUGUUAUGUAAACAAAUGAAGUAAAUGAGGAAUUCCCAAGCUCUCUCUCUCCCUAUAUAUAUAUUUUUUUUUUCCUUAAAACUAUACUUGUGUUUUAAAGGCAAUUGUCCGUCCAAUGUGUAAGCAGCAUGUACAAGUAAUAAAGUAAGAGGUGUACUGCUUUAUAAAA